UUUAUUGUUUUAGUUCAAAAAUAGUCAUUAAAGACGGUUUCUUAUUGUUAACAUUUUGUUUUUAUUGUUUUUGUUUAUAUCAAUGUAACCAAUUUGCCAUUUAGUUUAAUAUUUUCCAUCGAAUUCAUCGUUUUCUUUGAUCAAUUUAUUUCGGUUUGAAAAGAGAAUUGUGAUUACAUGUUUUUUUUUAUUCAUUGUUGUUGUUAUUUUUGUACGUGGUGAUAUUGUUUUCGCUUAAAAUAAACAAGUACAAAACCUUAGGAAGAGAAGAAGAAAAAUAAAUUAGCAAAUAAUCGCUGUCAAUGAUUAACACUCGCUAUAUGGGAUAAAAUAGUCAGAAUUUUUGUAUGAGAAAAAUAAAUUAUGGAUAAUGAAAUUGACGGAGCUGAUGAAUGUCAACCGACAACAUCAAAUACAAACGUUCGAAUCAAAGUGAGCUCAUUGGUGACAUGGGUGAGAACAAAGAGUCCGGCAGUUGUUCAAAAAUGGGUAGAUUCUGAUACAAUCGAAACUAUAUGCGAUAGCCUUCAAUAUAAAACUAUCACGGUGGAUGAUAAAUUGGUGGAAAAUUGUGAUGAGAAAAUUAGAUGUGCAAGCACAACUGAAUCGAAUGUUGUUGAAAUAGCUGAACAAACUACUGAAUUAAGUGAACAAUACGAAAGCAAUCCAACAAAAUUAAACAGUGUUACAACGUACAGUGAAUUUGGUAAAUACGAAACUUUGGAUAAAUCCCAACCCCAUCAUCAAUCAGAAUUGAUUGAACAUACUGUCGAUAGUGCAAACAGCGAUCGUCGAUUUUGGCAAAAAGCGCCAGCUAUUUUAACUGCAUUACGAAUACGAUCUGUUGGCGAUUCAAAUCGAUGUACAGAAACCGAUCUCAAUGUAUCGCCUCAAUUACCUCAAAGCGAUGAACCAGAUGAAAGCUCAGCAUCAAAUAUUCAACCAAUAUUAAAUAAAACCAAACUAAAUGAGUUUUAUUAUAAAUUAAGCAUCAAUAAAAAACGUUAUAAUUUUAUUAAGGAUCGAAAAAUGGAAGCCAAAAAAAUAUUGAACAAUGCAAAGAGUCGAUUUCUGGCUGCAACAAAUUGGGAUGAAACUAAGCUGAAUAAUGACAGUGAUAAUGUGGCUGUUAGUGAUGAUCAUGGUGAUGAUAAUUUAAUUGAAACAGGAGUAAUUGCAAUUGCAACAGAGACGACGACGAUGACGACGACAAUGACGACAGCUACAACAACUGCAACAAUCGCUAGUGAAUCAGAAGCAAACGCUACAAUUGUAUGUGAUACAAUCGAUAUGGAUUUAUCGACGGAUGAAUGUUUACGGCUAUCACAAAGUAAUGACAUGCUAUCAGUCGACGACGAAGAUGGUUUUAAUAUAUCGAUGCCAAGCAUCAACGAUGGUCACAUCGCCCAUUUGAAUGUUAGUCGUAAAAUAGCAAUGGCCGAUAUUGGACGCAGCACAAGUGAUAAUCCAAGAUUACGAAAUAAAUUUUAUUUGGCUGAUAUUGGUCGAAGUUUUAGCGAACAUCAAGAUGAUGAAGCAAUUUUUAUUGGUGAACGAAAUAUUAGCGCGCCCAGCUCAAGCAUUGCAAUACAAAAUAAUAAUCGAUCAAAUGGAAAUUUUUUUGAACGGCGAGCGUAUUCGGUGAGUCCAACACAAAGAGGCCUAAAACGUGGCAUGUUGUCACGUGAUCAUUCGUUGUCAGAUAGUCCACGGCAUCGAAAUCAAUUAUCUAAAGGCAGUUCAUUUCAAUCCGAUUCAAGCCAUUGUUCAAGCGUUGAAAGUCUUUUGGACGCAAGAAAACCCGAUUCAGAAGCCAUUCUUAGGCAACUGGGCUUCGGCCCAGCACAUCAGGAAGAUUUAUUAUCACGAAUACCCAAAAGAUUUUUGAAGCCAUCACAAGUUCGUGGCAUCGACACAGAAGCAUUUAUGAGACAACAGCAAAUUGCCAACAAUUUGCAUGAGCAAAGCAUUCUUGGCUAUCGUGGUUUAACAGGAAAUCCACACGUUCUCCCAAGUGUAAUUGUGGCGAAGAUCAUGGAACGUUUUCAAUUGAGCGAUGAAAAAAAUUGUAAGCUAUAUGAUGUGUUCAACGAUAGACCAAUGUCAGCACCACCAACACCAAUGUCAGGACCAACCGAUCUAGCCGAUAUCAGGCACCCAGAGCCAUAAAACAAUCAACAAACCUAUUUAGCAAUUUAUAUAUAAAUGUAUUUAUACCAUUGUAGUUUCAAGUAGUACAGAACGAUUUCACACACCUUUAAUAUUACCGGACUUUGUGUACCGUAUAAUGGGCAAAAAUGAAUCAAUACCCACAAUUAAAUACUGACCAGAUAUAAGACAACAACAAAUUUAUGUAUACGUAGAAUUUUUCACAUCAUUCCAGUAUAUACACUCUUUGCAGGGCAAAUUUGAACUCAUUUUAUAUUUAAUUUGCACCAUAAAAUAAGUACGUACAAAAAUUAAAAGGGUGAUCGAAAUGCAUUUGAAAUGGUGUAGUUAAGAAAACGUUCUGUAUCACAUUCAAUACACCUGAUUCCAGCACUUGUCUAAAUUCAUGGGAUUGAAAAAUAGUACAUUUGGACUAUUGGUUAAUACCAUCAAUUUAUAUUGAGCUAACUCGUAAUUCAGGCACCAGUUUGUCAAGCAGCAUUUAUACAUGCCAAAUCGGUUCGAUAGCACGUAGUCGGUUGCACCAACAUAACAUACAAUCAAUCAAUCAUAUACGAUAUAUUCACAUUCUCAGUCGAAAACAAAAUGAUUGAAGAAAUCGGCACAAAUUAUGAGUAUUUGAUUUUUUAUUUCCGAUCUGUAAAAACUAUCACUACUAUUUCAAUUCUUAUGAUAUGUAAAUGAAAAAAAGUCUCUUUUUACCAUCUCCAAUGAAUGCCUUAUUAUUUUUCAAUUUCUCAAAACGGUGAUCAAUAUCUGAAAUUCCUGCCUAUUUUUUAAAAAGAAAUUUAUUUCCAAUUAUUUUAUUUGUGUGCAAAUUUUAAUGAAUUUUGGUUUAAAAAAAUUGUUAAUGAAAAAAAGUUCAAAACCAAUACAAAAGGUGAGGGCGAAACAAACAAUAUUGUAUUUCCUGUUCAUCCUUAUUGAAUUGCUUAUAGAGUGAUUAUUUAAGUAGCAAAAUGAUUGUAAUAAUAUUAUAGAAAUUAUUUUUCAAGUAGAUGAAGUUUAGA